CGCGCUACCAGGAGCAAGAAAUCGACAGAGGAACAGCGCGCCCCCGAGAAAAGCACGGAGUCGUUUUAGUUACUGUAUGCUUUACCCAAAUGGAACACAAAUCUGAGUUAUUAUGAUGCACCUUUGCCCAUGACCAACCACGGCAUUCAGAAUAUUGAAUCAUAAGCCUACAAAGCAUUGGGAAUGUACACCUUUUUCUCGUUUUGUAAGAAGCGUUCUAUAGGGGUUCCGGUGACGGAUUGUUUUUUCUGUCAGGAAAUUGGUUGCAUUAAAAAUACAUUUUACUUUAUGUCGGUGAGCAUCAGGACCUGAAUUUAUGGAAUAUCUUUCGCUCAAGUCUUCUGAACAGUUGGUGCAUGUUUAUCACUUCUAUUGCACAAAGAAAGCACCGUUCUUUCCACUUUUGUUGAGUUCUUCCACUGCUUAUCCGGCAUCGCGGAGAUGGUAAAAGUUCAGUUAUGCGCACAAUAUAUUUUCUCGAUAAAACCAUCCAAUCAUAACUUGUUAUCGAUGCAAAUGUAUUAAUUGUGUGUGGUCAACUAUGUGUUGCAUCCGUCUCCUAUAAUUUUACACCAUUCCGAAAAUAAUAGCCUGCUUUCGUAGUUGAAUCUUCAUCUCCCAUCUCCACCAUGUUGUGUGUUGAAUUACAUUUUUUUCACCUGAUUUCUUUGUUAUAAAACGUCUGGUGCCAAUUUGCAGUUUAUGGAUUAAUAAUAAUUAUUCUGUAUAGAGAUGGAACAAUACAGUUAGGAGAGAAAAAGGGCAUAGAACAAAAAGGAAAAAGCUGCAAAUUUAGCAGGAAAAGAGGCCAUCAAAAUCACGGAAAUCGCUUCGUCCUUUUCCUUUGGUGUACUGUUACACUGUUGCAAAUGGAUUUCAUAAAGGCAACACGGUUAUUGUUACAUCUUUUGUGUUAGUUCACCCGUUCCAUGCUGACAGAAUGUCACUGGGAAAUAUUGAUUAUUGAAUUGAGAGAAUUAUGAUGGCCUAUGUUCGUUUUUUCUAUUCUAGUGUGUAAAUUGGGCUUCUUGUUCCACAAUGAAAUGCCAUCGGACGUUUUUCUUUUUUGAUAAAGUUUGGAAAUAUGGGCAAGUUGUCGAACGUUUUUGUGGUGACGGAAGGUUGACGCUUUUCUUUUUGGUCACUUUCUGAGCGCAUUCUAAUGUAACGGAUUUUGGACUAUAUUUCAGUUAAAUUAAUUUGGCAUUAGAGGAAUCCAAAUGUAUACGCAUGUACAGUGACGAUCUCGAUGUGACGACAUUGUGUUUUCUAGGCCUACUGCUCAUUAGAAUUUAUAUUUACUGGCUAGUGCGUAACAAACUUUCGUGGACCAGCGCGCGCGCUAGUGCCCCCGCACCUGGGGGCAACCCCACCAUGGCGCCCUCAUCCCUCUGUAUCUCGGUGUGGUUGUGUGAGUGAAUCAACAACAAAGACUGGGGAUCAAAGCUGAGGAUAAUGCUCUGGAGAUAACGGUUCAAACUGACGCUGCAGCAUCUCUCCUGAGCGACCCAGUUAGAAGUUGAACCAGGACCCCCGCUAGAGGGAACGGCUCUCAUCUUACAGACAGAGGUUAAUCAUCAGGGCAACAGCACAGGAUGUUGAUGGGUGGCACUGCAGAGUGAGGAGUCUGAAGAUCUGAAGAUCUCUGAAGGUGGUUGGCUUAGACAGUGCUCACACAUACAUCGCCAAAAUGAAUGAGCGUCAGGCUCUCCACUCCAUAAUGAAGGACCUAGUGGCCCUCCAGAUGACGAGGCGCCAGCCUGGGCCCUCUUAUGACACAGGGAAACCCAAGACUCUGCCCAACCCUGCCCCUGCCCCUGCUAAGAGACAGGACGAUGUCAGAAUAAAGUUUGAGUUCAGUGGCGAGAGGAGGAUACUGAUGUUUGGGAGGCCUGUGCAGUUUGAAGAAAUCCAGCAGAAGGUCAAGACUGUCUUUGGCCAACAGCUAGACUUGCACUAUAUGAACAAUGAGCUGUCCAUCCCUCUGCGUGGUCAGGACGACCUGGACAAGGCCAUUGACCUGCUGGACCGCAGCUCCAAGAUUAAGAGCAUCAAGAUCUUGCUGCUGACGCAGGAGCAGUGCAAUGCCUCCCCAUCCCCCACUCCCUCUCCCUCCUCCCACCACACGGUGAGUAAGCAGGUGAGGAUCAAAGCCUCCCAGUCCACGGGUGAUGUCAGCACAGUGUACCAGCCCUCCGAGCCCAGGGGGCGCCACCUCUCCACCAGCUCUCAGAACACAGGCCGUAGCUCCCCCCCUCCAGGCUAUGUCCCUGAGCGGCAGCAGAGGAUCGCCCGCCAGGGCUCCUACACCAGCAUCAACAGUGAGGGAGAGUUCAUCCCAGAGAGCGACCAGUGUGUACUGGACCCCUGGAGCAGUGCAGAGAACUCUGUCUCAGGAAGCUGCCAGUCGCUGGACAGUAGCUCAGACAGCCCUUCCCUGAGGAAGUCACGCAUGCACCGAGCCAAGAGCUACCCUGAUAACCGGCAGCAGGAGAACGUCUCAGACCGGGAGAACCAUGUGUAUGAUAAGGUGGUGGGGAAGGGAGGGACAUACCCCCGCAGGUACCAUGUCUCCCUGCAUCACAAGGACCAUAGUGAAGGUCGGAGAACGUUCCCGCGGAUCCGUCGCCCCCAGGGUAACCUGUUCACCCUGGUGCCCUCACGGCGCUCCCUCAACGGCAGCGAGGAGAGUCUGGGCAGCUGGCAGCUAGUGGACAAGCAGGGCAGGCUCCGCCCACAGGAGCGCCCUGUCGCACACAAGUCCCCCAGUGCUCCAAUGACGUGGAGGCGGGGCAAGCUGCUGGGCCAGGGGGCGUUUGGGAGGGUUUACCUGUGUUACGAUGUGGACACGGGACGGGAGCUGGCCGCCAAGCAGGUGGUGUUUGACCCGGACAGUCCUGACACCAGCAAGGAGGUGAGUGCUCUGGAGUGUGAGAUCCAGUUGUUAAAGAACCUCCACCACGAACGCAUCGUCCAGUACUACGGCUGCCUGAGGGACCACAAUGAAAAGACCCUCACCAUCUUCAUGGAGUACAUGCCGGGGGGUUCAGUGAAAGACCAGUUGAAGGCCUACGGGGCGCUGACGGAAAACGUGACGAGGAAGUACACACGGCAGAUCCUGGAGGGCAUGUCCUAUCUGCACAGCAACAUGAUCGUUCACCGUGACAUCAAAGGUGCCAACAUCCUGCGGGAUUCGGCGGGAAACGUGAAGCUGGGAGAUUUCGGCGCCAGCAAGAGGCUGCAGACCAUCUGCAUGUCUGGCACGGGCAUCCGCUCGGUCACUGGCACCCCCUACUGGAUGAGCCCCGAGGUGAUCAGUGGAGAGGGCUACGGCAGGAAGGCUGACGUCUGGAGCCUGGGCUGCACAGUGGUGGAGAUGCUGACAGAGAAGCCUCCCUGGGCCGAAUACGAGGCCAUGGCAGCCAUCUUUAAGAUCGCCACCCAGCCCACCAAACCCCUGCUGCCCUCACACACCUCGGACCACACCCGCGACUUCAUCCACCGCAUCUUUGUGGAGGCCAAGCACCGGCCCAGUGCUGAGGAGCUGCUCAGACACCCCUUCUCCCAGAUCCUCUGCUGAGGGGAAGUACUAGUACACUCUCUCUGUCUCAACCGCUCCUCGGGACUCAAGGCCUACAGCUGACAUCUAGACUCUAGACUUGGAAUUUGGAACAUGGCCCUUUCCAUCCUAGAGCUCUCUCCCCAAACCAGACUCACCACCAGUCACACUCAUUCCUUAACCCACAAAUACACAUGAUCCAUUAUGAUGGAUAAUAGCACAGUGCCAUUAUUCCAAGCUGUUAACUACAAUUAUCAAAUUCACCUCUAACUUCUCCCACUAGGGGGAGCUAUAUGACUGAUCGGUGUUCAGCUGUCUGCUGUGGAGAACUGGACCCACCAACUCCAUACGAACUGUAUCUAUUCAGCUAUCACCUUGUUGGUCUGUGAGAGGAUCACACACACACACACACACACACACACACACACACACACACACACACACACACACACACACACACACACACACACACACACACACACACACACACACACAGACACUCCAAACACAUCAAAUCUAUUAUAUGUGGCUCAAGAUGGGAUUUGAUCAAGCACAGCCACCGAAUGUGCCUUUCAAAUAUGCCAAAGUGUCCCCUCCUAAGUUUACAUUCUCUAGAUGGGCUGUUAGAUGAGACCCCUGAGGUAAUGAACUGUUCAUAUGGGACUUACAGUAAGCUUGAGCAGAGCAGUGUCUGGUCUACUUAGGCCAAGACAGCAGACCCACAGCCACAGCUCAGUGCUUCAACAUGGUAACUGAUGAAACCAACAGAUGCACCACUCAGUGUUAUAGAGAUGGGAUGGAUUUAAUUUUUCACUUUCUCCUCUGA